ACGCGUCGGGCACACUGUCGUCCGAGUGGUGUUUGUGCGUAAGCUUAAGUUGUGGUUACGGUCGCGCUGUACUGACAGGCGUAUGUGUCACCUGCUUGCUUCCUGCUUGUUUUCAUCUUUCUGAUUUUGAUUUCUGAACUUUGUUUACGAGCAAUGGCUGCGGGAGACAACGACGUAGUGUACAAGGUGUCCGAAGAUGAUAAAAGCGAUGAUGUGUUUGAUGACGAAGCGUUGAUCAAGGCGUACAACCGCGCAGUCUCAACAAAUGAGAAUGGUAUAGGAGCAGGCAAACAGCCGUCGUCAUCUUCGGGAUCGGGCCCCCACAAACAACAGAAGAAAAAAGGAAACAAGAGAACCGACGGUCACCAUACUCAGCAGAAAGCACGGGAAUGGAAAGUUGGAGACUUCUGCCGGUGUACAUACUCGGUUGACGGAGUGUGCUACGAGGCUAGAGUGAAGUCAGUGGACCAUGACACGUGUGUUAUCCGUUAUUUUGGAUAUGGCAACGAAGAAGAGGUGUACCUCUCGGAAUUACUCCCGUCAGAAGGAAGAAUUGCACGGCAGCGACAGACUGAAAUGGCCAAGCGAGAAAAUGCACACGGGUGUCCAACACCACCAAGUGAGGAUGACCACAGUGCACCUGCAGCCCAUGGUCCUCGCACAAAUGAUGGUUAUUCCCAGUACCAUAACACAUCGUUUCAUUCGUCACACUCGCUACCGCCAGCUCCUCCAAUGGAGCCCCUUCUAGGCAGGCUCCCGCCAUUUGUGAAGCAUUCUAUUCCACCGCCACCUCCCAUUCCUCCCGGUGACCUCCCGAACAACGAAGAAGCAUUGGCUUCUAUGCUCAUGUCGUGGUACAUGACUGGUUAUCAUACUGGCUACUACCAGGGCUUGCAAGAAUCGAAGUCAAGUAAAAAAGGAUGUUGCUGCUGCAGAUGCAAUAACCACAAGUAAUUAGUCAAACUGUAUGUAAAAGUUGAUAAGCACGGCACGCUGACUUUUGGUUGUUCUUUUGAUUCAUUUUCCCAGAAGCAAAGAUAUGGAGAAGGUAGUUUCACAGUCUUCUGUGAACCUUUUUGCCUUUUUAUUGUAUACAGUUGAACACAUGCUAUUGACAUUAAAAUUCACUGCUUUUCUAGUCGUA